AAGCAAGGCUCUGCUUUUUAUUCCUUGUUGUCUCCUCAAUAUAGGUAAACGGAUAGCCAUUAGAACUAAAGCGACGUAUUAGCAGCUAGAGAGUACUAAAAACGACACCCAAACAACAGCAACGGCAAUGGCAAGAAAUCUUCCAAAAUGUAUUGGAAAGUGAUUUUCUCUAUAGGAUUUCCCUUCCUCCUGGUGUUCUCCUACUCCAUCUUUAUUGGGACCGUUGAUUUCAGAUCAUACUUCUUUCCUGGCAUCCAACAGUCGCCGGCCAGUGCACGCUCGGUGUGUGCAACCCGGCCUCCUCUUAAGGUUUACAUGUACGACCUUCCGCGGAGAUUCCACGUGGGGAUGAUGGAUCACAAGAGCAGGAUUAAUGAUGAUGCGCCGGUGACGGCGGAGAAUUUGCCGCGGUGGCCGAAGAAUGCCGGGAUAAAGAAGCAGCACAGUGUGGAGUAUUGGUUAAUGGCUUCUCUUUUGUACGAGGGUGGUAGAGAGGAGAGAGAGGUGGUUAGGGUUUUGGAUCCGGAAAGAGCUGAUGCGUUCUUCGUGCCGUUUUUCUCUUCGUUGAGCUUCAAUACGCACGGCCAUAAUAUGACUGAUCCAGAGACUGAGAAAGAUCGCCAGUUGCAGGUUGAUGUAAUAGAAUUCUUGUACAAAUCCAAGUACUGGCAGAGGUCUGGAGGCAGAGACCAUGUGAUUCCUAUGACACAUCCUAAUGCUUUUAGAUUUCUCCGACAACAGUUGAAUGCGUCUAUUCUUAUUGUUGCAGAUUUUGGCCGCUACCCAAAAUCCAUGUCAACUUUGAGGAAAGAUGUGGUGGCCCCUUAUGUACAUGUUGUUGAUUCUUUUACAGAUGAUGAAAUUUCAGAUCCAUUUGAAUCUCGCACAACUCUUCUUUUCUUCCGUGGAAAUACAGUUAGGAAAGAUAAAGGCCAAGUUCGUGCUAAACUGGCAGAGAUAUUAGCUAGUUAUGAUGAUGUUCAUUUUGAGCGAAGCACACCAACAACACUAACAAUAAAAGUGUCAACAAGAGGAAUGCGAUCAUCAAAGUUCUGUCUCCAUCCUGCAGGAGACACUCCAUCUUCUUGCCGGCUUUUUGAUGCUAUUGUAAGCCAUUGUGUUCCUGUCAUUGUGAGUGAUCAAAUUGAACUCCCAUAUGAGGAUGAAAUUGAUUAUAGCCAAUUCUCAAUUUUCUUCUCUGUAAAUGAGGCCAUUCAACCUGGUUACAUGAUUAAUCAACUGCGGCAAUUUCCGAAAGAGAGAUGGGUUAAAAUGUGGAGACAGCUUAGGAACAUCUCUCAUCACUUUGAAUUCCAGUACCCGCCUAAGAAGGAAGACGCGGUUGACAUGCUAUGGAGACAGGUAAAGCAUAAGCUUCCUAGUGUCCAACUAUCUGUACAUAGAAGCAGGAGAUUGAAAGUUCCAGACUGGUGGCAGAGGAGAAGAUAAUUCUGUAGCUUCCUUGUAUUAUAGAGUGCAUUCAUGAUUUUUUUAAUCACUUAUGACAAUAACCCUUUGAGGGAAUAAUUAGAGGUAGUUGCAACACUUCAUCAUCUUUACUUCAUAGUUUGUGUAACAUUUACUCCAGCAGCUAUACAUCAAAGGAUUCUUUACUUGAUUGUGUAAGAGCUGUGCCCUGCAUGCACGACUUUUUUUGUUUUUUUCUUCAUUGUAAUGCUACAGAAUUAAGUUCCCAAGUAUGCAAUGACAUGCAGCUGUGCACAUUUACUUUGAUUUUCAA